GUGAGAGAAAGUGAGCGCGGAGUUGGCGGAAGCGCAGCCGCUUAAUCUCCGAUCCGAUGGCUCGCGCUCUCUCUAACUCCAACCUGGUUGCGGCUCUUUCCGACGGCGUCGCCCUCCUCACCACCAGGUACCGUGCUCCUCUUCUCCUACGCUUCUGGGAUAACGGUGGAUCGCGAAGGGGUUACGCUACGGCAGCGGCGGGGACGACGACGACGACGGGGAGCAGGGAACGGCUUGCGGUGGCGGAACAGAUGGUGAAGAGAGCGCCGCCGGCAGGGGCUGAGGAGGCUGCGGCGUGUUCCUGGGUGCCGGAUCCGGCUACCGGGUACUACCGGCCGGCGAACAGGAUGGGCGAGAUCGACCCGGCCGAGCUGCGUGAGAUGAUGCUGAGCCACAACAAGUCGCGAGACUGA